UCUCGAAGCAAAGACUCGACUACUUGAAUGUGUGAGGAAAAAACUGACCAGUCCUAAAGAAUCAUCUCUACAACGAUGGACGUGGGAACAUUACUUUGCCGCUCGUUGCUACUGGCUUUACUUGUAUUCUCGGUGACCCAAGAGGCGCGAGGAUUGCUGUGUUUUUGUGAGCGAUGUGUAAAUCGGACAUGCAACACAACCGGCCUGUGUUUUGCGAUUGUCACAAAGUCUGCCGGACAGAACGUAAUACAGGAGGGUCAGUGCAUUCAGCAAGAGCAACUUUACCCACGGGACAGGCCUUUCCAGUGUGCCCCCUCCAACAAUGGCAGACAUCCUUACUGCUGCGACACUCACAUGUGCAACAAGAACCCAAAAGUCAGCCUAGAGUUGCCUGAUAUUGAACCCCAGUCUCUGAGCCCCGUAGCCUUGGCCGCAGUGAUUGCCGUCCCCAUCUGCAUUCUGAGUUUCAUGCUGGUGCUGCUCUUCUACAUGUGCCAUAAUCGCUCCAUCAUCCACCAUCGUGUGCCAAGUGAGGAAGACCCCACUAUGGACCACCCGUUCCUCGCUGACGGCACCACGCUGAAGGACCUCAUCUAUGACAUGACCACAUCUGGAUCAGGCUCAGGUUUACCACUGCUAGUGCAAAGGACCAUCGCCAGGACCAUCAUCCUCCAGGAGAGCAUAGGGAAGGGGCGAUUUGGAGAGGUGUGGAGGGGCCGCUGGCGUGGAGAAGAGGUGGCAGUGAAGAUCUUCUCCUCCAGAGAGGAGCGCUCUUGGUUCCGUGAGGCGGAGAUCUACCAGACUGUCAUGCUUCGUCAUGAGAACAUCCUGGGAUUUAUUGCUGCAGACAACAAAGAUAACGGCACGUGGACUCAGCUGUGGCUGGUUUCUGAUUACCAUGAGCACGGCUCCCUCUUUGACUACCUGAACAGGUACACUGUCACAGUGGAGGGCAUGAUCAAGCUGUCUCUCUCUGCCGCCAGCGGUCUGGCUCAUCUGCAUAUGGAGAUUGUGGGCACUCAGGGUAAGCCCGCCAUUGCCCAUCGUGAUCUGAAAUCCAAAAACAUCUUAGUGAAGAAGAAUGGUACUUGCUGCAUCGCUGACCUUGGAUUGGCCGUGCGCCACGACUCAGCCACAGACACCAUUGACAUUGCACCCAACCACAGAGUGGGCACUAAAAGGUAUAUGGCCCCAGAGGUGUUGGAUGACUCCAUUAACAUGAAGCACUUUGAGUCUUUUAAAAGGGCAGACAUCUAUGCCUUGGGUCUUGUGUUCUGGGAAAUUGCUCGCAGGUGUUCAAUCGGAGGCAUCCAUGAGGACUACCAGCUCCCUUACUAUGACCUUGUUCCAUCUGAUCCGUCAGUAGAGGAUAUGAAGCGGGUAGUGUGUGACCAAAAGCUUCGUGCCAACAUCCCUAACAGGUGGCAGAGCUGUGAGGCCCUGCGUGUAAUGGCAAAGAUCAUGAGGGAAUGCUGGUACGCCAAUGGAGGGGCUCGCCUCACCGCGCUGCGGGUGAAGAAGUCGCUAUCCCAGCUGAGUCAACAAGAGGGCAUCAAGAUAUAGUGCAACAACUCAUCAUCUUUACACUGCCUAUCCACUUCCUCCACCCAUCUAGAGAGGUAAGUGAGGGAACUACAUCCGCUUUGGAGGUGAAUCAGGGAUAUCGAGGGGCCAGAAGCAAUUAGUGCUUUUCCCUGUUGUCCAUGAAAAGAUACGUCCUCAUCAUGCAAAACCACCUCAAACAACCUUAACCAGAAGUCAGUCACCCAUGCUUCAACUGGUGAGUCACCAAACAACUAACCAACCAUUCGGUGUCAUUGAUGUGCUUUGCAAGCUGGACUUGAGCCUUUAUGGACUUAUUUCUGUAUAUAGCCUGUUGUCUAUAGCUGUACAUAUGUGAUUGGACUUGCUUGUGUAUAUUUGUAUGCACAUAUGUGGCUCGAACACAGAACCACAUACUAUGUAUAUGUAGUCCGUACUGUGUAUAUUUAGUUCCAGAAAGUGCCACUGCUACGAAUCAGUCAUGUUUACCAUAUUUGGUAAAAAAAGAAUCUUUGUAGGUAUCGAGUACUAUGUCUAUUUACAGUGGACAUCGGAUUCACCCACAAGCACUUGUUUGCAAACAUCUCAGCAGUUAAAGGAUCAUAUUCUGCUGUAACAUCGACUCAAAAGUCUUGCCUGAUUAUGCAGAAGUGUUUUUGUAAUGCGAUUUCACCAUACUCACUUUCCAGACACAGAGAGUGAGCAAGGGCGGCACAUUCAAUCAUACUGCAUAUUAGAAGCAGCCCGCGGUGUUGCCUAAGGGACCAGUCCUUAAAGAAUCAGGCAGAAAACUGGGUUAGUGAUAAAAGCCAUUUGUACAAAGGCCAACUUAGCUACAGCACAUCUGUGUUAAAGGGUUAGUUCACCCAAAAAUGAAAUUUCUGUCAUUAAUUACUCACCCUCAUGUCGUUCCACACCCAUAAGACUUCAUCUUCGAAACACAUAUUAAGAUGUUUUGAUGAUGUGUUUUUUUUAUCCUCCAUUGAAAGCAACGAAAUUACCACA